AUGGCCCUAAGACUUCUUCAAACAAACCUUAAUCACUGCGCCAGAGCCCAGGAUCUGUUUAUCCAAAGCCUGGCGCAGUGGUCAAUAGAUCUAGCGGUGGUGUCCGAACCGUAUCUGGUUCCGGACAGAAGCAAUUGGGUAGGGGAUCUCGAACAUCUUGUCGCGAUAUACGCAGGCGGCCACCCCCCAAUUGCUUCGGUGAAGAAAGGAAGAUGUUGUGUAGGGGCCAAAUUUCCCGGCAUAGUAUUGAUUGGAGUUUAUUUUUCCCCCAACCGGUCGCUGUCGGACUUCGAGGCGUACUUGGAAGAAGUCAGCUCCCUUGUUCGUUGGGGAAGACCGCUCGAGGUUGUCGUAGCUGGGGACUUAAACGCUAAGUCGAGAGCCUGGGGAUCCUCCGUCUCUGACAGCCGCGGCGAGGUUCUGCUAGCGUGGAUGGCGCAACAUAACCUGACGCCACUCAACACGGGCUCUGUACACACCUGUGUGCGCAUGCAGGGCGGGUCCGUCGUAGAUGUCACCCUUGCGAGUCCCGCCCUGGCAUGCCGCGUGCAGGACUGGGAAGUGCUGACUGAGGUGGAGACGCUGUCGGACCAUCGCUACAUCCGGUUCGACAUUCUCCCCUCGUCAGCACCCCCGACCAGUAGAAACAUCACCAUCCCCCCGGAGAUCGGACAAAUGUGGUCUUUAAGAUCGUUAGACCGAGAGGCUGCAGAACUCGCCGCCAUUGUAGGGACGUGGUCCCAAAGAAUAGAAGAUAAAGGAGUCGACGACGGAGUACAAUGGCUUGGCGAGGUCCUGGCGCACAUUUCAGACUGCGCCAUG